CAUAACGUUCCUCCUACUGGAUCCACAGUUCAAGCCAAGUCGUUCCUUCAGAGAAAUGAGCAGCUCUGGGAACCCUCGGCCGCUGCCCUUCACCGUGGAUCGAGUGCCAGAUAAAGAACUCUCUCGGCUACGCUCCUGGGGGUUCAGUGGCCAUGCAGAGAUCGUGCGGACUAACCCUUCCCGUGUUAGCCUCCCACCUGCAUACUCACACUUGGCUCAUGCCUACUACAACUUCGAAUUCCGUCCGGACGACCUUGUGCUUGUGACGUACCCCAGGAGCGGGACCACCUGGACGUCGGAGCUCCUGUGGGCCAUGAGGAACCUCGGUCUCUUGGAACGGGGCGAGGAAAUCACGGGUGGCGACCGCACGACAUUCAUUGAUAUGGAUUUCCUGAUGCCUUCCUGUGCUGACGAUGACAACCCUAAGGUAAAGGAAUUCCUCACACUUUUCCCCGAAGGCCGCGUGGAAGAUGGGGUCGUCCUACAAAUGGCAAAAUCUCAUAAGGGUCCCCGGAUCAUGAAGACGCACUUGCAGAUCGACCUUCUAAACCCCGACCUUCUCGAUACGUGCAAGACGGUGUACGUCGCCCGCAACCCCAAGGACGUGUGCGUGUCUCUUUUCCACCACGGGAAGAUCAGCAAGAUGGACCCUUUCGAGGGAGAGUUCCCCGACUUUGCUGAAGCCUUCAUGGCCGACCAGGUGAUGUACGGUCCUUAUUGGGACCACAUUAAGCAGGCCUGGAAGCUGAAGCACCACGCCAACCUCCAUUUCAUGUUUUAUGAAGACAUGAAACGUGACAUCAUUGGCGAGCUUACGAAACUGGCUCGUUUCCUGCAGCUGGACUUCACCGAUGAGCAGCUGAAGACCAUCUCUGAUCACGCGAGUUUCGGGCGCAUGAAAUCCCGGCACGAGCGGGACGCCUCCGGCCGCAACCACACCCCUGGCUUCUUCCGCAAGGGCCAGACCGGGGACUGGGCCAACGCGGCGUCCGGCGAGCUCACGGCUGCCAUGGACCGGUGGAUCGCAGACAAUUCGCAGGGCACUGAUAUUGUGUUCAAAUACAAGUGAUGUGUUUGUAUACGCAAACGCACACAUAUAUCUGUGUGUGUGUGUGUGUGUGUGUGUGUGUGUGUGUGUGUGUGUGUGUGUGUGUGUGCAUAAAAAAAAAAUGAAAUAUAUAGGUAUCAAUGUAAAAAUAUACAUCGAGCAAAACAUGUUGUCAUUUACUUACUGCCAUGCUUUGUAAGAUCUAUAUAGAUAUAUCUAUAUUGAUAUAUUACUGUUGAUGUUAACCAAAACAUUUUCUGAUAUUAACAACAUUGCCAUUUAUUACAUUUUCUACGUCUUAACGGGAAGUGUCCCUCGGAGAGAUUUGAGUCUGUCUGAGUUUGGUAUAAAAAAUAUGUUUACGCA